AUUUACAUGUCAAAGGCUGGUGGAAGUAGGCAGUGGGCUUGUCUGCUCCGUUUUGUAGGAUUUCAAACAAGUGUGUUCUUUCGUUCGUGAACUCCUCAUUUCAUGGGAUACACACCUCACGUUUGGAUUAUAUAACCUUUUCAUAUUGGCUCACCAGACAACCAGAGAUUGGCGUACCAUGGGCAGGACCAGUUCCAGACUUAGUACCACCUAACCUGGAAGCGUCUCAUCCAUUUGGUUACAGCACUUACCCUGGAUUAAACAACAACAACAACAACAACACAUCCAUGUCGCCCGCCUCCUAGUUUCUGGAACAUUCGAACACUGUCCAGGUAACCAUGGAUACCGAUGAGCUGGACUACCUGCUGCCGGCCAACUGCCCGAACCCUUAUUUCGACACCUGGGACAGACACAACAGCAUCGCCUUCUCCACCGCCGCCAAAGGAUUACGCAAUGCCCCGGGGGAGAAUAAUUGUUUCGUCAAUAGCGCCGUCCAGGUGUUCUGGCACCUUGAUGUCUUUCGUCGGAGCUAUCGUCGUCUUUCGGGGCAUGUGUGUAUGGGUAACUCCUGCAUCUUCUGUGCUCUCAAGGUCAUCUUCACCCAGUUCCAGUUCAGCGACCAAGCCUCCCUACAUCCAGACGCCCUACGUAAGGCUUUGGCCGAGACUUUCGCCAACCAGCAGAGGUUUCAGCUGGGUCACAUGGAUGAUGCCGCAGAAUGUUUUGAAAAUAUUUUGAGGCGCAUCCAUUUCCACAUUGCAAAUAACUGUAAUGAAGAUAACUGUACAGCCCCUCAUUGUCUGCCACAUCAGAAAUUUUCUCUUAACAUUGUAGAGAAGGUGAUGUGUCCCUGUGGUGCCAGCUCUAAACCACUCAAGUUUAAUGAAAUGGUUCACUACAUCUCAGCUAAAGCCCUUGUAUCACAAGCUCGAGUCAUGCAUGAAACUGGAGAUGUACUACAUCCAGAUAGGUUUGGGCUACUUUUGAGGAAUGCUAAUGCAAUGGGGGAUAUCAGAGAUUGCCCAGGCUCCUGCGGUAAGAAAGUUCAGAUUAGAAGAACUUUACUCAACUCACCAGAUGUUGUGAGUAUUGGCCUAGUCUGGGACACAGACCAACCAACUGUUGACAUGACAACACAGGUGGCCAGAACAAUUGGCACCACCAUCCUCAUGCAAGAUGUUUUUCAUUCUGUGAUGCAAGACUUGAGAUUUCUAUCCAAGCUGGAACUGGUGGGGCUGGUCUGCUACUACGGCAAGCACUACUCCACAUUUGUUUUUCACAGCAAGCUGCAGAUGUGGAUUUAUUUUGAUGAUGCAACUGUUAGAGAGAUUGGACCACGCUGGGAGCAGGUGGUAGAGAAGUGCAGCAAAGGUAGAUACCUGCCCCUGCUGCUCUUGUAUGCUAACCCUAAUGCUUCUCCAGUCUCCGUGGAGACUGCACCAAAAAAGAAAACAAUGGCUCCUGGAUAUGGAAUAUCAGGUGGUCAAGAAGAAGACAGUGCUCUAGACAGAACCCAUGAAAGCAUCUCAAGCCAGCAGUCAUACCAGAGCUCGCAAAUGGCAAACCCUGAGCCAGUAAAUGACGAAUCAUAUUACUAUAAAGCUCCGCCAACCACAGGGAAAGACUUUGGCCAGACGGGAGCCUCUGGGAAACCUUUUGACCACAGCAGGCAGCAAAGUUUCAUCAUGGCCAUGUCAGAAACAAAACCCAGACACCCGCUCAGGUAUGGGGGUCAAGCCAGCAAUAUGCCGGCACCCCAGGCGGAACAGGGACAGCACGAGAACUAUUCCGACUACACACUGUCUACUAGUGAUCAGUAUAGGAGGCCGGCCAUGGGAGGUUUUGAACCUGCUCAUGUUGCUCUCACACCUAACGUGAAAGGGUAUGGGGAAACUCAAAGAAAGGAGAGCUUCAAAAAGGGUAAAGAACCAAUCAGGGCAGACUUUGUUAGGUACCAGCUGGAUCCUUCCAAACCUGCAGCCAUCGUGGCUCCUUGCGUCUACUCGUCACAUGACCCAGGGUCAAGGACAAAUCAGCCUCAUGUCAAGCAGAGGUCUGUAUCUCAAGGUGGGGACGAAGCUGACACACCCCAACACACUGUGGUCAAGCCGUUGCCUAGUUCACAGACGUAUGACCACAUUGACAGCUUGUCACACGGCCACACCCCUGUGCAGUCAGGCCUGGCUACACUCCCCAGAAAAAGGAACGACAACAAAGAUGGUGUCUCUGCUCAGUUCAGUAGACAAGGCUCCAUGGGAAACAUUGCCUCGUUCUAUGACCAGAAGCCACCAGUCCACCCCAGCCAUGCUGAACAAAACACCGCCCAGCACAAGAUGGACCAGGGUCAAAAAGUGAAGAAAGGGAAAAAAGAAAUGAAGAAAGUAGACAAAAAGAAACUAAACGAGCUGAACAAGCUACCGCCUACGUCUACAUUAGAGAGAAGACCAGAGGAGUACCAGGAUGAGAAGGUUGUGUACAUCGACCGCAGGAUGGUAGAAACCAUCCUCAAGCACCAGGGCUUGCAGCGGCAACCAUCCACACACAGCACCAACAGCGCAUCAAGCAUAGAGUCUGACAGCAUUAUGGGAAGACUGCUGGGGUGUAAAGGGAGCGAGGGUAGUAUCAACACCGACGCAUCUUUUGAUAACGUCUCUAUCGGCUCGCACAAGGACUCUGGUUAUGGCAGCAGUGACCGCAACAGUUCCAGUUCUACAGGAAGUGGCACCAUUGACCCCUACACGCAGUACUUCAUUAGCAAGAGCAUGGUUGUACCUAGGAACCUAAAUUCUCAGUUCCUGCACCAUCAAACCGGGAAUGACGUUGGUCCAGUCAACCCUCCACUGGACACAAGAAACACAGCACCAUGGGAAGAGCCAGUCAAAAACUUAAGUGGGAUGUCUAAAGAGGAAUUAAACAGACACUUGUAUGAGACCUUGACCCAGAGAAAGGUGAUGCACCCCAUCAAAGAAAGCAGUCAAGAAGACAUCUUGAAGAUAUUGCCUAAAGAGCAAAGCAUAAUGAACAACAGGAACCCAUCGCCUCCUAUGGAUCAACCCAUGACUCAAGGGAGGCCACCACCUAUCCCACCAAAAAAUUUUGCAGCUUUUCAAGUUUCAAAAUCAGCCCAUCAAAGGGAACCAUCAAUUGAAAGUCUGGACAUUCAAGAAGUAAAGAACGACUACUUCAUAUCCAUGUGUGAGAAAGCGGAUGACCUGAUGGACAGGUGUAUACUAGCAGAGACACAAGAUGACCUCUCUGCUGCUCUGUGUUUUUGUGACAGUGCUCUAGGCUGCUUGAAGGAAGCCAUGAACCAAACAGACAUUUCCUCUAAAGCUCUUGUGUAUGCACAAAAAAAGCACAACUCUUGCUUGCUUAAAUCUCGGAGUCUGUUUAAACGUACAUCCGGCUAUGGUUCUUCUGACAGUAGUACGGGAAAACGAGGGAGCAUCACCAGUACAGAUUCAGAGAACAGUGACAAGGGUGUGAGAAGAACUGGUUUAAAAGAUCAUGCAUCGGCCCCUGGAAAAGGGGCCAGCAGGAUGGGGCCACAAAUGAGAAACGUCCAGCAGGCCAGCCAGCGUGAUCCAUCCAGGAAGUCUCCACUGCCCAUGACACACCACGACCCCACAGUCAACUCUACAUCAUCUUCAUCUGCUGCACCUUCUAGUCAGCCAUCUUUGUCAUCUCAAGGCAAUCAAUCAUCUCAGAGUACUGUCCCCUUAAGACUGAACACAGAGAGAUCAGAGACUGAAACAGUCGGCUCUCAAAACUUUGUCAGACCAUCCACCACGGCCCCACCUCCACAGACUCUCAUGAGGUCUCAGACAGAGAACUUGCCGCUCGAUUCUUACAGAACAUUGCCCAGAAACAGGGCGUUCCGCAGGACUUCUGACCCCACCUCUAACUCUGAGGUGUAUCAAAUGUACUUGAACAAACAGAAAAACAUUCAAAGCCAAAAUGAUGCAGACAAUCUCGGCACUCAGAAUGGGCUAGACAACAACAAACAGUUCUACGGCAGUAAUGAGGUGAGAGGUUCCGAACCUGAGCCUAAGUUCUACUUGCCUCAGAGAGCUAACAGUGACCUGGCAGGCAACCGUGGCAGCACCAGCAGCGCCAGUAGCAUCAGCAGCAGCGUCUCCUCCUCCCACAACCAGCAGAGCGAUGAGGUCAGGGGCUACCCCACACCUGUCAAUCAAACGACUCCCUCCAACCCCCCAACAUUGACUCCCUCUAGUGUUCAGCAACUGGCCAGUGACAACAAACCACCUGCAGCCAGGCCAUACCCAUCUUCACAGACCAAUCCCAGAUCACAAUCAUCUCUGUUGGUUAAAUCCAGCUCAUCGCAGUCAUUCAACCAGGCAGCACAGCAAAAUCUAGCACAUUCUAGAAGCUGGAAUGAAAUCCCAGACCAUCUGUCUCACAAUAACUUACCUUCUAGUCAAAGACAUCCAACCAUCGCUCCCAGCAUCAAUCAGAAUAGAAAAACGCAUGGCGGUCCACCACCCCCUCCCCCAGCCAGAACAACAUCCAACUGGGGAGGUCGACACGUGCCCCAGGAAACCAGACUCUACAGUCACCAAGAAGAAGUUCAUCCAGACGAAUCUCAUGGCAGCCCAGUGGCCAGCCAAGCUAGAGCUGCCCCGUCUCACUACCUGCCCAGACAGCAGGUGCCACAGCUCAAGCAUGCGACUAGCAGUACAGGAAUCAACUGUAUAGCUGGGGCCCCUCGUCCACUAGAAAGAUAUGCCUCACAGCCAGACUGUCAGAACAUUGCUGAGUCUGCAUCUACUAGCAACAGACCAGAAAUCUUGUCUUAUGCAACAAGCCAGCCAGUGAAUCGCAGCAAUAUUGACACAAGAUCCCAACAAGGGGCAAGGGACCACAAGAACCCUCAGGAGUUAGAGCUAAAUAAAUCAGAAAUCCCUGUACAGGCAAGUGUUUGGGCUUUGGCCUCACAGUUUGAUAAGCCAAUGGAAAAACCUGCCAUCAAACCUAAGCCAAGCAACUUUAUCUUGAGAAGUCGCAGCAAGUCUGAAUCUGGCAGCAAAAAGCCCAAAUCAGUCUUGAAGAGCAAGAAAAACAAGUCAAAAACACCAAGGAAAUCUGUGACUUUUGCAGACAACAUCUCCAGUUUAGCAGCAGGAUACGAAUCUGCUGCGGAACUGACUACCUUCUCCUCUAGAGCUUUUGAGAAUGACAGGGCAUAUUUUAGUGAAGACGAGGACUACGCUGUUAGUAAAUCUGACAAUGAGCUGGAUGAUGUGGAAGACAGCAGCAACAGCGAUGACACUCCUUUACCCAGAGAGGAACUGGCUUGCCAGCUUUGUCGUAAACGCGAGAUAGAAACAGGCAAAGGUUUUUGUUCAAAGUGUGCGUUUUAUAUGAGUCGAUUGGUCAAAUAAAGUAAGUCAGCGAACAGGAGAUUUGUUAAGAUGAUGAAAUGUAUUGCACUUGAAUAUUGUAAGUGCAAUUGUUGUGACCAUUAUUUAAUUAGGUGAAUGAAAUUGUUGGGUGAGAAAUACUAAUAAAAUUAUAUUAGAAUGUCUGUGAUAGAUAAAACAAACACGGGAUCAAGAAGGGGGUCCAUAGAGUUGGUAUGUAUGUUCAUUGGUUUGUUUGUAAAUAUGUCUAUAGUUAAUGUUUCUCUAGCUUCAUUCAUGACAUUCCAUUCUUGAAGUUUACUUCUCAGCCUUGAAACAAGUUUUGUAUAUGUUCCUAUAUUGCUAUUUAGAUAAAGUUUACCAUAUUGGUUUAUGUAUAUACUACAUAAAUAUUCAUAUAUUUAUAUAUUGUAUUAAGAAUAUGCAAAUUUCCAUUAUACAUUCCAUGUAUGUACAUAUACAUAUGUACAUCAUUAUUUCUACUUUUGUAAUGUCAUAAGACAUGUAAACAUAAAGAAAAAAUUGUUAUGGCAAUUCUGUACUUUUUAAAAAUUAUUUCGUAUAAAAAUGGAACUGAUAACUCUACUGCUUCAUAAAUAUAAAAGGAGUAACAUCAUAUUACAUUUAAAUAUUUGAGGAUAAAAUUAAAGAAUGUUAUAUUAAUUUCAAAAAACAAUUUAUAGCUGGUUUAUAAAAGUAAAAAUGUGUCUACUCUUAUCAUCUGAUGCCACAGAUAUUAUGUUUCAAUCUAUUUUUUUAAUGUCUCUUUAGUGCAAUGUGAUUAGAUCUGAUGUUUUGUGAGCUAUUUUGGAUCACUAAACCACUGUUGUAGUACAGUAUCAUUGUUACUAUCUAAAUGUUAGCUCAUUGAUUUACAAGUGAUUAUUGGAUGAUAACAAACAUGUGAUGUCUUUUGAGUACAUCUGUGUGACCAUAUCUUCAAUGAAACUAACUUUUGAGAACAUCCAUUAGACCAUAUUUUUGAUAACAUCUAUGAAACCAGUUUUUGAAAACAUCCAUGGGACCAUAUCUUUGAUAACAAAUAAUGAGGGCUAUGCGUCAAGAUGUGCCUUAACGUUACAAACAUUCCCUUCUAUAAAGUUUAAGCUCUCUUGAUAGACACAGAUGUAAAUAUUUUUGAGGACAUCGACUAUUCCUCCUCUGGGCUGUUUUUUUUAUAGUGGUAUUGCAUUAUAAUUAUGGUAGUUAGUUUCAUGUCAUUUGUGCAGAAGGGGAAGGAUUAUGAAUUGUUUCAGCGACAGAAGCACAUUAUAAAUAUUUUAAUUUUUUUUGUUUGUUUUUUAAUGUCAAUUGUACAAAACAGAUAUUAAACUUUGUUAUAGUU